AUGAUUGAAUACUUCCUUGCGCAGGGAGCAGAAAUCGACGUAGAUUGGGUCAGCAGCGAGCCACGCUCCAGCCUACGGAUAGCAUGCGAUAGCGGAAACAUGCGAGUUAUUAAUCUGCUUCUCUCCUACGACCAGUUCAAAAGGACGAUACUUCAUGUAGCAGCCUAUUAUGGAUGCUAUCCAAUUGUUGGUAAUCUACAAAGGAGCCAGAAGCUUGACAGAUUGAGGGAAAUGAAAUGCCGAUAUGGACGAUCGCCAAUACAAUACGCUGUCUUCGCUGCCGAUGUUCAGAUGGUACAACUACUAGCAUCCCUUGGUUGUUCUAUCCACGUCCGAGAUAAGGAAGGCUACAACUUGUUGCAUGUCGUCGUUACGAGGUCUAUAGAAACAACCAAACGUGAAGAAGCCUUCCAGGCUCUUAUCAAGUGGCUCAUAGCCGAGGGUUGCGAUCACACCGCUCAAAAUGAUGAUGGACAGACUCCACUGGAAUGUGCUAAGAGCCAAUACUCACCACAAUGGGCCGUUGCAAUCCUACGAAAGCAUACAAUUGAAUCAACGGAUACCGGAGCAGAUGAAGCCAUUCCAUCGGACGAGAGCGUGAACUUUGGUCACGACGAAGAUCACCCAAUUAUGAUCACCGAUGACGAAGAGGAGAGAGACACUUCUCAGCAUUCUCAAGUUCUGAUCGGCCGUGAUAGCGUUACCCAGCGCCAUGGGAGAUUCCAUUGA